UGUCAAAAUAUGAACGAUCUUCACGUUGAAGAUUGCGCGUUCACUCAAUUUUGAGGUAACUAAUUUUCAGAAAAAUUAAAAUGUAACAAAGGAAGAAAAUAAUAAAUUUAUGAUGUAAUCGCGUUAUAAAAAUCCUGAGAUGGCCGACGAUGAUAUCCUGGUGCGCCUCGACGAGAUCGAGAAGCUGCAGACAGAACUUCGGCAUUUAGUACCACGUGUUACGAGUAAUUCGUCCAGACACUUGCAAAAUGUAUCUCGCGAUUCAUCCGCGUCGAAUCGUUUCCCAUCCCUCUUCACGUUCCCCGUAAUUUCGAACUUUACAUCGACUCCGAAAAAUGAACGCGUGCAAAAGUCAGCCGCGCGAUUGAACCUCAACAGCAAAUCGUCGAGCAGCAAUCGACAUUCGACGAUAAAUCUGAAAAAUACAGAAGGAUCUCAGAGCAGAACAAGGGAAACAAAUGUUUUCAAAAAUCUAUUGAGAAGCAGCAACAAUGUCACCAGCUCACACGUGAGAAAUUCUUCGGUCUCAACAUCUGUAGCAAAUUCGACGAUGCCGAUAAGGAGCAGUAUCGCAAAUCGAAUGGUUAGGGAUCCACAAGAAGCAAUUAAAAAGAGAUUAAAGAGCGAAACUACAGCUAGAGAUAAAACUCAACGUGCAACUAGCGAGAGAUCCAAUGUACAGUUAUCCAGGAAUGAAAAUGUGAACUCAAAUAUCAGACAUUCAGAUUCAUGAGUCAAAAGCUAUAGAAUCAUGGGACACACAUCUAAAAAAUCGGUACUGUAAAAGAAACUGCACGCUUAUUGAACGAUUUAUGCAACAACUGAAUUACUGUUUUAUAAACAAUAAGAGAGUGACCGUCCCAUAUCAUCAUUUGGGGAAUAGAACACCCAGAAGAGUGCAGAUACUACAUUCGCCAACAAUUAAAGAAACAGAAAUUCUGCGAUUACAUGAGUCCGAGGCAAAAAUGUUUGUCGAUUAAAAAUGUUUUAAAAAAUCAAUUAAAGACAUGAAAUAAC